AUGGGACCAAUCACAAUCUCAAAGCAGCUUAACCCUGCAAUGCCGCAGGAUUUUUAUGCUGUUGUGAAGGAAGGCCGUGUGCCGGCACAUGAUGUGCUCUUGACAAAUCCCCCGUACAGUGGAGACCAUGUGGAACAGCUCUUGCAGUUCUGUCGCUCAAAUGGGAAACCAUUCCUGCUUCUGAUGCCCAACUAUUUCUGCGUGAAAGACUUCUACCAGGACGCCCUAGGGGGCAUCAAAGGGGCCAAGCAAGUGCUCUACCUUUGCCCCCGUAAGAGAUACUUCUACUGGACGCCCAAGGGCUUGCGCCAGCGUGGAAAGGUGCAGACGCAGCAUUCUGGAGCAGGAG